GAAAGAGAAGUAAUUGUUCGACUCCAGCAAAAUCUAACUAAAUAACAAGCUAUGAGCCCCUCUUCAGACAUGGAGUGGAAGUUAGAAAGAUCCGCAGCCCGGAAAGUCCAGACUGAUGAAGAAGUGUUGUGGGUGAAAAUAAUGAAAGCGCUUGGGACAGACCUCAGAGAGAUCAGGCAACGGCAUUUACAGAUGCGUACUAAGGACAUUGUGAACACAGAACUGCUGCCUUGUGGACACACAUCGCAGGUGGAUAAUCGAGAGUUUCCAGUGACUGAGACUCCAGGCAAGAUUUCAUAUUCACAUUUUGAAAGUUGCAUUGUGAAGAAGCCGUCAGAUCAAUUUCCCGUUGCUAGUAGUCCAAUUUCCACAAGAUGGCAGCAGGUGUAUGCCAGAAACCAAGCAGAGCAAACUUUUGCAGAAUGUCCUCCAAUGGAACUUUCCACCUCGAAUGAUGGGUCUGACCUGACAGGGACAGUUGAGAAGAUCACAACACUUCCAGUGUCUUCUGACAUACUUCUUGAAGCCCCCAGCAAUGCAUUGAUAACAUUUACUAAUACCACUAAAUUGUGUGAAAACAGUAAAACACAGAAACAGCACAGCUAUGAAGCUUUCCACUGUAUACACAGAAGAGAUGGCUUCCAUUUUCUUUUGAUCUUUCUGUCUGUUAUACUUCUUCAUAUCCUGUUACAGAAAUGGCUUCAUCAGAGGCUAGUAACUGGAGGCAAUGGGCAUUGCUGUUCUGAAAAAGGAAGCAGCAAGAUCUGUGAAAAACAAGCAUGCCUUUGGAAAGGAUGUGAGGAUGGAUGCAAGGUGGAAUGUGAUGCCCAGGGCAUUUCCGCUCAUGCUAGUGGCUUUCCACACCUGGAGACACAAAUUAGGUUCCACAUUACAGGUUUAUGCAAUGACUACUAUCUAAACUUAUUGGACUGGAGCAAAGAAAACCUCAUUGCUCUUGCUCUAGGAUCUGCUGUACACAUUUGGAAGGGAAAGGAACCCCAACAUGUUGAAAGCAUGAGUGUGUGUCCCAGCUCCAAAUAUAUUGCUUCUGUAGCAUGGAUGAAAGAAAAUGCUCACCUUGCUUUUGGCACAAGUGAUGGAGAAAUGCAGUUGUGGGACAUUGAAACUCAAAAGAGGCUGCAAAAUAUGUUUGGCCACAUGUCUGUAGUUGGAGCCUUGAGUUGGAAUGGUUACAUGCUUAGCAGUGGCUCAAGGCUAGGAUACAUUUACCAUCAUGAUGUUCGGACAGCUCAGCAUCACACUGGGAUGGUUAGACAAAGCAAACAGAGUGUUUGCAGUUUGCAGUGGUCUCCCAACAACAAACUGCUGGCUUGUGGUUCUAGUGAUGGUCUACUGAAUAUUUGGUCUAAUGAUCAAAGUGUGACAGCAUGGUGUAGGCCACUGACCUCAGUACUCCAUUACUCAGCAGUAAAGGCAAUUAUGUGCUGACCGUGGCAAUCUUCAGUAAUUGCCACAGGAGGUGGAAUGAAGGACAGAUCUUUGCACAUCUGGAACAUAAUCAGCAUGAAUGACCUCAAAACUGCAAAUUCAGAAUCUCGGAUAUGCUUCCUACUCUGGUUGCCAAACACCAAAGAAAUAGUAACAGGACAAGACCAUCCUGGGAAUAAGAUAAAUAUCUGGAAGUAUCCUAUGCUUUCAAACUCAGCAGAGUUUUAUGGUCACAAAGGAAGAGUUUUGCACAUGACACUGAGUCCAGAAGGAAAUAGGAUCUUUACUGUGGCAGCUGAUGGGGCAGCCUAUGAGUGGAAGAUGAAGAUGUAAUGGAAGCAAGCAUGGUGCACCUUGAGAAGAAAAAUCUUCCAAUUAAUGUUCUCUCUAUUGGCUCUUCAGUAAAGUCAUUAUGAAAUCAAAAAUGGGACAGAAGAUUAUAAUUUGAUAUAGGUAACCCGGGAUUUCUCACUGGCUACAGAGAGUAGUUUUCGGGUUGCAUUCUCUCUCCACUUAAUCCUUCCCCUCAGGGCUGUUG